AUGGGGGCGGGAGGCGGGCAGGUGGAGGUUGGGAGGGGGACUCCGUCCUGCAGCGCAGACUGCGGGCCCCGCCCCGUUCCGCGCUCUGGGGUGGUCCAGCCUCCACUCUUCCCUGGGAGCCCAGAGGGCAGGUGGAGAAAAGAGCAAAGGCAGGCAGAACAGGGCUUUAAGGUUGGGCGGUUUGAGAUUAACCUUAUCAGUCCAGACACUAAAUCAGUUGUGCUUGAAAAGAAUUUUAAAGAUAUCUCUUCUUGUUCUCAGGGUAUAAAGCAUGUUGAUCAUUUUGGCUUUAUCUGUCGGGAGUCACCAGAGCCAGGGCUGAGCCACUAUAUCUGUUAUGUGUUCCAGUGCGCCAGCGAAUCUCUGGUGGAUGAGGUAAUGCUGACUCUGAAGCAGGCUUUCAGCACAGCCGCUGCUCUGCAGAGUGCCAAGACCCAGAUCAAGCUUUGUGAGGCCUGCCCCAUGCACUCCCUGCAUAAUCUCUGUGAGAGGGUCGAAGGUCUCUACCCUCCGAGAGCCAAGCUGGUAAUACAGAGACAUCUCUCUUCACUGACAGAUAAUGAGCAGGCAGACAUCUUUGAGCGAGUCCAGAAAAUGAAGCCAGUCAGCGACCAGGAGGAGAAUGAACUUGUCAUUUUACAUUUGAGGCAGCUGUGUGAGGCCAAGCAGAGGACACACGUUCACAUUGGAGAAGGCCCCUCGACUAUUUCAAAUAGUACAAUCCCGGAAAAUGCAACAAGCAGUGGAAGGUUCAAACUUGACAUUCUGAAAAAUAAAGCUAAGAGAUCUUUAACUAGCUCCCUGGAAAAUAUCUUCUCAAGGGGAGCUAACAGAAUGAGAGGCCGGCUUGGAAGUAUGGACAGCUUUGAACGGUCCAACAGUCUUGCUUCAGAGAAGGACUAUUCACCGGGAGACUCUCCACCAGGGACACCACCAGCCUCCCCACUGUCCUCAGCUUGGCAAACAUUCCCUGAAGAGGAUUCUGACUCCCCCCAGUUUCGAAGACGGGCACACACGUUCAGCCACCCGCCUUCAAGCACAAAGAGAAAGCUGAAUUUACAGGAUGGGAGAGCUCACGGUGUUCGCUCCCCUCUUCUGAGGCAGAGCUCCAGCGAACAGUGCAGUGAUGGAGAGGGGAGAAAAAGGACCUCAUCUACGUGCAGCAAUGAGUCCCUAAACGCUGGAGGAACCCCGGCCACCCCUCGUCGAAUCUCCUGGCGGCAGCGCAUUUUCCUCAGGGUUGCCUCUCCCAUGAACAAAUCUCCCUCAGCAAUGCAGCAUGAUGGACUGGACAGGAGCGAACUGCUGCCGCUGUCUCCUCUUACUCCAACUAUGGAGGAGGAACCGCUGGUUAUAUUCAUGUCUGGUGACGAUGAAGACCCAGAGAAGGCUGAAGAAAGAAAGAAGUCAGAGGAACUGAGGAGUUUGUGGAGAAAAGCAAUACAUCAACAAAUCUUGUUGCUUCGAAUGGAGAAAGAAAACCAGAAACUUGAAGCAAGCAGAGAUGAACUCCAGUCCAGAAAAGUUAAACUGGACUAUGAAGAAGUUGGUGUAUGUCAGAAGGAGGUCUUACUAACCUGGGAUAAGAAGUUGUUGAACUGCAGAGCUAAAAUCAGAUGCGAUAUGGAAGAUAUUCAUAUUUCUCUUAAAGAAGGUGUUCCCAAAAGUCGCCGAGGAGAAAUUUGGCAGUUCCUAGCUUUGCAGUACCGUCUCAGGCACAGAUUGCCCAAUAAACAACAGCCUCCUGACAUUUCCUAUAAGGAACUUUUAAAGCAGCUCACCGCUCAGCAACAUGCCAUUCUUGUGGAUUUGGGAAGGACAUUUCCUACUCACCCUUAUUUUUCAGCACAGCUUGGGGCAGGGCAGCUCUCACUCUUUAACCUCUUGAAAGCCUACUCAUUGCUGGACAAAGAAGUGGGUUACUGUCAGGGGAUCAGCUUUGUGGCUGGAGUCCUGCUUCUGCACAUGAGUGAAGAACAAGCCUUUGAGAUGCUGAAAUUCCUCAUGUAUGACCAGGGCUUCCGCAAGCAGUACAGGCCGGACAUGAUGUCGCUGCAGAUUCAGAUGUACCAGCUGUCCAGGCUCCUUCAUGACUAUCACAGAGAUCUCUACAAUCAUCUUGAAGAAAAUGAAAUCAGCCCCAGUCUUUAUGCUGCCCCCUGGUUUCUCACAUUGUUUGCCUCUCAAUUUCCACUAGGAUUUGUAGCCAGAGUUUUUGAUAUUAUUUUUCUUCAGGGAACUGAAGUUAUAUUUAAGGUUGCGCUCAGUCUGCUGAGCAGCCAGGAGACACUUAUAAUGGAAUGUGAGAACUUCGAAAGUAUUGUCGAGUUUCUUAAAACCAUGUUACCUGAUAUGAAUACAUCUGAAAUGGAAAAAAUUAUUACCCAGGUUUUUGAGAUGGAUAUUUCUAAACAGUUACACGCCUAUGAGGUGGAAUACCAUGUGCUGCAGGAUGAGCUUCAGGAAUCCUCGUAUGCCUGUGAGGAGAGUGAACCCAUAGAAAAGCUGGAGAGGGCCAAUAACCAACUGAAAAGACAAAACAUGGACCUCCUAGAAAAGCUGCAGUUAGCCCAUGCUAAAAUCCAGACCUUGGAAUCCAAUCUGGAAAACCUUUUGACCAGAGAGACCAAAAUGAAAUCUUUAAUCCGGACUCUGGAACAAGAGAAAAUGGCUUAUCAAAAGACAGUGGAGCAGAUCCGGAAGAUGCUGCCCACUGACGCCCUCACCAAUUGUGACUCUCUGCUGAGGGACCUCAACUGCAACCCUAACCACAAAGCCAAGACCGGAAACAAGCCAUAAGUGAGGAAGUGCCCUUUCAGCAGGACGUGCUCUUAGAACGGCAAGGAAGGGAAGAGCUUGUGUGCUGCUGGCCCAGUGCUGGGCACAAGAACUGACAGGCCGCUGGAGUCUGGGGCCACCGCGUCCAUGUCCUGGCUGGGGGACCUCGCUCUUACUAGAGUACGCCAAUCCUAAGCCAUUGUACAUAUGUAGACUGUUUUUUUUCUGUUGUUGUUGACUAUGUACAUAAAUAUAAAAUGGACACGAAGAUUUCAUGCUUUCAGAUCAGAAGAGUAGAUGUAUAUUUAGUGAAUUUUUUUAAAUCAAAACUUCAUGAAAUCCACACCAAAGGGAAGAUGAAAUGAAAUCCCCCUCGGACAUAUGUGAAAUCAUUUUGUCUUUUUAGUGAAACAAAGCUAGAGUGUCUUUGUAUAUUGAAAUAUACUUGAAAAAAAUGAAUGUAUUUUUUUCUCCAAAGAACAGCAUGUUUCACUGGGUGGUGGAGAGGUAGAAACAUUUGUGUAACUUUAUGUGUGUAUCUGUCUUAAAAUCUACUGACAUCAUGUAUAUCUGAUUGCCAAUCAUGCUCUUAUGGGUUUUUUAGGAAGGUGAGGGCCUUCCUUCCCUGCCAGCUUUGUGCCAACUAGCAUGUUGUAUCUACAUGUGUUGUGAGUCAGGCAACUCAUUACUUUGGACGUGCGUUAGGGAGAAAUCAAGACAUUGUAGUGGAGCCUACCCACCCAGCUCAAGGUGAAAGAGAAUGUUGCUAAUUUUCUAGCAAAUCAGACCAGCAUUGUUACUCAAAUUAAAAAUAUCAGGCCUCCAAAAUUUAAUAUAGGACCUAAAUUGUCUAGUUCAACUUUCUACUUUUUAAAUUUAAAUUACUGCUGACAGUCCCUUUUACUUGGUGCCGUCAUUGGCGACAAGGAUUUGUCAUUUUCCCACAAAUGGGGACUCCUAAUUUAGUUCUCUCUACCUGUAGCAGAAGAUAGGGAAAUGCAAUUAUGAUUGGUUUUCUAAAGAUAAUAUGCUGUAUUGACAUACUUUUUUAUUGUUGCCAAUGGACAGAAUCCAAUAAGUCUCGAUCAUCUUUCCCUUGAAUGUGAAAUUUUGUGGGAAUUGUGAAAUGUUUGAGAAUUAACUGUUGAAAUCCACUGGAGAGAAGUGAAAAGUGGCACUGGGCCUUUCUAAGAUCUACAAUUCUGCAUUUGAACUCCCAGUUUCCUCAGGCUACAGCUUAGUAGAGGACAUUCAUGCAUGUUGGGUAUAUGGAAGGAAAGUAAUUUUCAGAGCAAACAUGCAGUUCUCCAUUUGAGAUGAGUCUAUGAUAGUGCCUCUGAAAGUUGAUGCAGCAUUUUUGCCUCUCCAAACAAUAUUUAUCAUCACUGCUUUUUGCAGUACUUGUCACAGAUGGAUUAUCUAGGAUAAUUUUCUUCAGAGGGAGUUUUUUUUUUUUUUUUUU